CUGUCCGGCGCCGCGGGCAUCACAAACGGCAUGUCUGUCGGUGGAUUCGCGGGCGCGGCAGCAGCGGGUGCUGGUGCUAGUGCUGGAGGUGCUGGGGGUGAUGGCGGGGGGACUGGGUUGGCUAUUACAUCAGGGGCAUGAUGGACGGUUGGCGUUGGAGAACAAGGUCGGGGCGGCGGUUAAGACGAGGAUACGGGAUGUGUGGAAGCAUAAUUUGGCGCAGGAGAUGACUGUGCUGAGGCAUUUGGUCGAGAAGUAUCCGUACAUUAGUAUGGAUACGGAGUUCCCCGGAAUCGUCGCUCGUCCUAUCGGUUCCUUUACGAACAAAGCGGACUACCACUACCAGACGCUUCGGUGUAACGUCGAUCUGUUGAAGAUGAUCCAGCUGGGUAUUACGCUUUUCUCCCAGGAGGGUGAGGUUCCUCCGCCCAACGCGACAGAUUCCAAUGGACAACCGUAUGGGAACAGCUUGGUGCCUGCUCCGUGCACAUGGCAGUUCAACUUCAAGUUCUCGUUGGAGGAUGAUAUGUACGCACAGGAGUCAACGGCUAUGCUCGCCAAGGCUGGCAUCGACUUUGCCACACACGACAAGAACGGAAUUGAUCCUUUCGAGUUUGGAGCAUUGCUUAUCAGCUCGGGUCUGGUCUUACUGGACGACGCCCACUGGAUCUCGUUCCAUUCCGGUUACGACUUUGGCUACCUGAUGAAGAUUAUGCUUUGCAAUCCCCUUCCGGACAAGGAGGAGGACUUCCACAAACUCCUCAACAUCUUCUUCCCCUCGUUGUACGACAUUAAAUACCUAAUGAAGCACGCCGGUCGCAAUCAAGCCGUGAAUGACACGCCUUUAACACCCAUUGCCGCGCAGAUCCUCACGAACCUCGGCCAGAAGUCCGGUCUUCAAGAUAUUGCCGAUGAACUGGGUGUCAAGCGGGUUGGAAUCGCCCACCAGGCUGGGUCGGAUUCUCUCGUCACCGGUGAAAUUUACUGGAAGAUGCGCCAGAUCGUCUUCAACGGCAGCAUUGACGAGAACAAGUACUCGGGGCAGAUCUGGGGUCUGAACGGCCAGAUGCCUGCGUUUACGUACCACAUGGGACCUCACCAUACCCCCAACCUGAACGGAGCUACCAUCUACACAGCCACCGGGACGCCUAGCACACCUAAUGCGCACACACCUCAGCACCAUAGUCUCGGUAUGAGUGCCUUGACUCCCGGGGGAGGACUCAUGGGAGCUUUCCAGGCGGCCAAGUCGUAGGCAAGCAUUGUUCACGUAUUCUGGGUUUGGAUCCGGUGGGAGGAGUUAAUGAUUCUUUUCUUCCUUUGUUCUCCAAUUAUUUCCAUC